UCUCUUUAAAUGACCUUGUGCUCUUCAGUCUUGAAAUUACACUCGUUGAGUCUAGACAAGUGUGAUUUUAUGAAUCCACCGUCUCCUAAAUUAGAAAAGCUAGAAAAUAAUAAAAUAGAGAAAAGAAUCCCACUUUUGAUAGCUUCCACUUAUAUAUCUUCUCUCAUCUUCUACAGGCAGCAAUAAACUUCACUUCUCUCUCUCUCCUUUUUUCAGUUUAUUCUCCCUUUGCCUCACCAUUUCUGUUCAUAUUUGUUUGUUUGAUUUGAUCUGCCAAAGUUGAAUCUAUCCCUUUUAUAGUACCAUUUUCACCAUGACAACCAGUUAAGUCCCUCUUUCUCUCUGUUUGGUUUUAAUUAAUGAUCUAAAAACCCUAAUCUCGAUCAUUAUAAGAAAAGCAAAACCCUAGAUCAGAUUUCAUCCUCUUCUUACCAAACUCAAAACAAGAUUAAGCAAUGGAACUGAUCUCUCACCAAGCAAACAAGAACCCUAUUACCUCAGCACAAUUAACACCUCCUUCCCCAAGCCGGUACGAGAAUCAGAAACGCCGUGACUGGAACACCUUCUGCCAGUACCUCCGGAACCACCGUCCUCCGCUCUCUCUCCCCUCGUGCAGCGGCGCACACGUGCUCGAGUUCCUCCGCUACCUCGACCAAUUCGGUAAAACAAAGGUUCACCACCAAAACUGUGCCUUCUUUGGCCUCCCUAACCCUCCCGCGCCUUGCCCUUGCCCUCUUAGACAAGCUUGGGGCUCACUAGACGCCCUCAUCGGCCGCCUCCGUGCCGCCUACGAGGAGAACGGUGGCCCUCCCGAGGCUAACCCCUUCGCCUCACGCGCCGUCAGGUUAUACCUCCGUGAAGUCAGAGACUUCCAGGCCAAAGCUCGCGGUGUUAGCUAUGAGAAGAAGAGGAAGAGAGUUAACAGGCAGAGAACGCAAACGCUAUCGCAGACGCAGCCGCCUCUACCGCUGCAGCAACAGCAGCCACAGCAAGGUCAGUCUGUGAUGGCUAAUUACUCGGGUGCAAUAGUAUGAUCAUAUUAUAUAAAUUUCUCUACUUUUUAUGUAUUGUAUUGUUCCGUAUUCGCUUCUCUAUUUGUAUAAUCUAUUGUCUUAUCUUUUUUUUUUGGUCAACAAUCUAUUGUCUUAUCUGCAUUAUCUACAUAUAUGCUGUUGUUGCUCUUUUAGUUGUUUGUGAACAAGAUAUGUUAUGAUUGUUCACGCUAAAGUGUUUGAUCCUUUUAUGUU